AAGUGGGUCAGUGCUGGGUCAUGGCGUCUGCUUCACAUCUCCUCAAGAACUCACUGUAUGAUCUGAAAAAAGAUGAACUUAAAGAGUUUCAGUGGCACCUGAGGAAUGAUUAUAAGUUUCCAGCUUCUGAACUGGAGAAAGCAGAUGUCUUAGAUACAGCAGAUAAGAUGGUGGAGCGUGAGAAACAAGAAGGAGCUGUGAAGAUCACACUGGACAUCCUGAGGAAGAUGAACCAGAACCAGCUGGCUGAAGAACUAGAGAACAAAUUCAAAGAAGUUGCCAGUAAAGCUGUUGGUGGGGAUUACAGUGAGUUCAGCAACAGACUAAAGAACUUUUUAAAACAGAAAUAUGAGCGGAUAUUGGAUGGUAAUUCAGAGAAUGCCAAACAGAAUACACAUUUGAAUAAUAUUUACACUGAUCUCUAUAUAGUGAAGAAUCAGACGGGUGGAGUAGUGAAUGAACAUGAAGUGAGACAGAUUGAAGUAAACAGAACUGCUGCUGAGGACACGUCAGUCAAGUGUAAUGACAUAUUUAAAGUCCAGCGUGAUACAGGUCAACAAAACAGAAAAGUGCUGACGAUGGGCAUCGCAGGUGUGGGCAAAACUGUCUCUGUCAAUAAAUUCAUCCUUGACUGGGCUGAAGGGAAAGAAAAUCAGGAAAUCAUCUUUAUUUUUCCUUUGCCCUUCCGUCAAAUGAAUCUGAUUAAAAAGAACUGAAGUCUACUGGAACUAAUUCAUGAAUACUUUAGUUUUGAAAAACAACUAUCAUCACUGCCUAAAGAAGAAGAUAAAGUGAUGUUCAUCUUUGAUGGUCUGGACGAGUGUCGCUUCUCUUUGAGCUUUGAGAAGAGCGAGAGAUUGACAGAUGUUCAAAAGAAAACAACAGCGGACGUCAUAAUAACAAACCUGAUCAAGAGAAAUCUGCUUCCCUCCGCUCUCAUCUGGAUCACCUCCAGACCGGCAGCAGCCCAUCUGAUACCUCGACGCCACAUUGAUCAGGUGACAGAGGUACGAGGAUUCAACGAUGAGCAGAAGGAGAAAUACUUCACCAAAAACAGCAAACCUGACAUGUCAGAGAGAAUCAUGUCACACAUCAAGAGAUCCAGAAGUCUGUACAUCAUGUGUCACAUUCCCGUCUUCUGCUGGAUCUCUCUCAGCGUUCUUCAGCCUCUGAUGACUCAAGAGAAUCAGCACAAAAUUCCCACAACUCUCACAGGGAUGUACAUCUACUUCUUACUCUCUCAGAUGGAACAGAUGAAAGCAAAAAAACAAAGUGACAAUCUUCCUCAGUCUUUUGAAGAUGUUGUUCUGAAGCUUGGGGAACUGGCUUUUAAACAGCUUCUGAAGGGAAAUCUGAUUUUCUACAAAGAAGAUCUUGAGGAAUGUGGGCUGGAUGUCAGUGAAGGUUUGGUUUUCUCUGGGUUAUGCACUCAGAUUUUUCAAACAGAAAAGCCAGUUUCUGGGAGAAAGGUCUACAGUUUUGUACAUCUCAGUGUACAGGAAUUCCUCGCUGCUCUAUAAGUGCUUUUCAUUUACAAAGUCAAAAAAACAAACAAAUUACCUCUCACACUGAGAGACAAAAUGAAAUGAAAAUUAAUGAAAAAUUCACUGUUUGACCUUCAUAGGACGGGAAUUAAAAAUGCCCUUCGAAGCAAGAAUGGACACCUGGAUCUUCUCCUGCGGUUCCUCAUGGGUCUCUCACUGGAGUCAAAUCAGAAUGAGCUGAAAGAUCUUCUGCCCUCACUGAAGAUCACAGCAGAAGACAUGAGACAGACUGCUGAAUAUAUCAAACAGAAAAUUAAUCAUGAAGCAUCAUCAGAGAUGAGCAUCAAUCUCUUCCACUGUCUGAAUGAACUGAAAGAUGAUUCACUGAUAACAGAAAUCCAGGCGUAUCUGAAUUCAGGAGAUCUUUCAUCACAAGAUCUCUCUUCUGUUCAGUGGUCUGCUCUGGUGUUUGUGCUGCUGAUGUCUGAAGAGACUCAAGAGAUGUUUGAGCUGCAGAAAUACAGAAGAUCUGAUGAAGCUCUGAUUCGACUUCUGCCAGUGAUCAGAAACACCAGAAGAGCUCUAUUGUCCGGGUGUAAUGUGACUGAUGAGUGUUGUGAAAGUUUGUCUUCAUGUCUACAAUCAUCGACGUCUCUGAGAGAGCUGCACCUGAGUAACAAUGAUCUGAAGGAUUCAGGAGUGAAGCUGAUCUCUGACGCUCUCAAGACUCACAACUGUCCGCUACACACACUGAGAUUGUCCGGGUGUAAUGUGACUGAUGAGUGUUGUGAAAGUUUGUCUUCAUGUCUACAAUCAUCGACGUCUCUGAGAGAGCUGGACCUGAGUAACAAUGAUCUGAAGGAUUCAGGAGUGAAGCUGAUCUCUGAUGCUCUCAAGACUCACAACUGUCAGCUACACACACUGAGAUUGUUCGGGUGUAAUGUGACUGAUGAGUGUUGUGAAAGUUUGUCUUCAUGUCUACAAUCAUCGACGUCUCUGAGAGAGCUGGACCUGAGUAACAAUGAUCUGAAGGAUUCAGGAGUGAAGCUGAUCUCUGAUGCUCUCAAGACUCACAACUGUCAGCUACACACACUGAGAUUGUUCGGGUGUAAUGUGACUGAUGAGUGUUGUGAAAGUUUGUCUUCAUGUCUACAAUCAUCGACGUCUCUGAGAGAGCUGGACCUGAGUAACAAUGAUCUGAAGGAUUCAGGAGUGAAGCUGAUCUCUGAUGCUCUCAAGACUCACAACUGUCAGCUACACACACUGAGAUUGUUCGGGUGUAAUGUGACUGAUGGGUGUUGUGAAAGUUUGUCUUCAUGUCUACAAUCAUCGACGUCUCUGAGAGAGCUGGACCUGAGUAACAAUGAUCUGAAGGAUUCAGGAGUGAAGCUGAUCUCUGAUGCUCUCAAGACUCACAACUGUCAACUACACACACUGAGGUGUAUAAUGACUCAAUUCCUACACAGUAAACAAAAAAUGUCCGGCACUUUAACAAAAAAUGUGUUGCUAAAAUUCUAACUAGGUACAUUUUCUAAAGAAUACUUGAGUGGUGCUUGCUGUGGCAAAACUGGGCAGUUACUAGGGGAUUGUCCUUGGGGACCCAAUCGCCUCGGUUCUUUUUUAGAAAAGGCCUAUGAGAAUUGGCGAAUUAAUUUUGCAUAUCCGGCUCCACCACGGACAUCGGGGUAUAAAAGGAAGCCAAUAUGCUUCAUUCAUUCAGCUUUGUGCUUUCGUCCCGACUUGAUCAGUGGACAGUUCAACGUUAUGUCAAAUGAUCACAUUAGGGUGCCUAUACUACUCGCCACUUCAUUCAUUCAGAUUUGUUCUUUGGAGCCAAAUGUUUAGGCUCGUCCCGACGCCUUUUUCUAAAAGAGUGAGAUUUCUCAUUCACCUUGUUUCACCUGAUGGAUAUACGGUGCGAUUAGCGGUGUUCACCUCGUCUCGUCCUUUAGUGGUUGAGCUUCCGGUGGGCGGAGUUUUGGUUGCAUGCAGGGCUCGUGAGGAAGAUGAAAUGUCGGUCGCUACAUCGGAGGGUGCGCUGCUUGCCUCGUAUGAUGAAGGACCUCUUAACGUCCUGCCCCUUCAGAACAACCCUCAGGAUGAGGCGGAUUCUGAGAUGGCAGCGAAACUUUCCCAGGCAGCCGCAGGCAUUGGACUAAAGGUAAGUCCUCCACCAUUCCAAGAAAAUCUACGUUUCUAAGUGGACCGUGCGAUCGCGACGCAUCUCUGCCCGCAGAACCUGCCACCUGGAGGAACCAACCAAGGCUCCCUUCAAAAGCACGUAAGUUCUCAUCACUGAUGGCGAGGGCUUACAGCACUGCAGGUCAGGCCGCUUCUGCCUUGCAUGCUAUGGCGAUCCUUCAGGUACAUUUUCGCACACCGCUACAGAUUUCGCUCACCGCUACACACAAAGGUGACGGUGCAUGCCCUGGGGAGGACGAUGUCCACACUGGUGGUCCAGCACUUGUGGCUUAACCUUGCUGAGAUGAAGGAUGCGGUGAUAAUAGACAUCCUUGCUUCACUCCCGUUCUUACUGUAAAGGCAUAUGUGAGUUGCCUGCCAUGAUCUACCCUACAUGUCAUCCCUUCACAAGAAUUUAAUGUUUGUGAUCUUAUCUGGCCACUCCAUAGAGUCUCAGUAGCUUCCAGAAGGUCUGUCUAUCAACGGUGUCAAAUGCCUUCUCGUAGUCAAUAAAGUUAAUGACAAACUCUAACGACUGCUCUAGGAUGAUCUGUAGUGUUGCAAUCUGAUCA